CUUGGAAAAGCCAAUCAUGCAAACCCUAAAGCCUCAUGCAGCGCUCCUCGCGAGCCCCGGCAUGGGCCACCUCAUCCCCGUCAUGGAGCUCGGGAAGUGCCUCGCCGUCCACCACGGCUUCGAUGUCACUGUCUUCGUGGUGGCACCCGCCUCGUCGAUCGAGGAAUCCCCCAUUUUCAGUUCGGCAUCGGCUCCGAAUCAGCUGGAGCUCGUCUUGCUCCCCCUGAUUGACAUUUCUGGGCUCGUCGACUCGACCACCUCGAUCGUAACCCAGCUAGUCAUCAUGAUGCGCGAGGCGUUGCCUUCGCUGAGGGCCGCUAUCUCCGCCAUGAGGGCGCGCCCGACAGCUCUUGUGGUCGAUUUGUUCGGAACCGAAGCUCUGGCUGUGGCUGAGGAGUUUGACAUGCUCAAGUACGUUUUCAUUACCUCGACGGCUCGGUUUCUUGCGGCCACCAUUCACUUGCCCACCAUGGAUGUGAAGGCACAACAUGAGCAUCGUAUUUUGAAGAAGCCUUGGGAAAUUCCAGGUCUUGAACCGGUCCGAUUCGAGGACACCUUCGACCUGUUUGUGAACCAGACCGAUAAGAGUCUUUAUGCGGAGUAUACUCGAAUUGGGAGGGAAAUACCGACGGCCGAUGGAAUUCUGGUGAACACGUGGCAAGAUCUGGAGCCUUCAACAUUGCAUGCACUAGAAGAUGGAAAGCUCUUGGGCCGGGUCACUAAGGCGCCGGUCUACACGGUUGGUCCACUGGUUAGACCGGUUGGACCGAAUUCAGAGAGCGAGGUGAUGAACUGGUUGGACAUGCAACCAGUCGAAUCGGUCAUUUACGUUUCUUUCGGGAGCGGUGGGACCCUAUCGGCGGAGCAAACCACCGAGCUGGCUUGGGGGCUGGAGCUGAGCCAGCAGAGAUUCGUUUGGGUGGUGCGCCCGCCCAUGGACGGCGAUGCGUCGGCGAAUUUCUUCAACGUGUCCAACAGCCAGGACGGGACGCCGAACUAUCUCCCCGAGGGGUUCUACACCCGGACUAGCGACCGGGGAGUGGUGGUGCCCAUGUGGGCCCCGCAGACCGAGAUCCUGGCCCACAAGUCCGUGGGAGGGUUUGUGUCCCACUGCGGUUGGAACUCGACUCUAGAGAGCAUAGUGAACGGAGUGCCCAUGGUGGCAUGGCCGCUGUAUGCGGAGCAGGGGAUGAACGCCGCCAUGCUGGUGGAGAAGCUCGGCAUGGCUGUCCGGUCAAGGACGAGGCCAGCCGGCGGGGUGAUCGGAAGAGAGGAGAUAGCGGACGUGGCAAGAAACAUCAUGGGUCCGAAAGGGAACGGAAUGAGGACUAGGGCCAAGGAGCUGCAGCGCGGCGCGACGGCAGCCAUAUGUAAGGGCGGUUCGUCUCACAAUUCACUGACCCAAGUGGCCAAGGAAUGUGAAAUCAAGUUGCACAGCCUGAGUGCCAAGGCUCUCGGUGCUUAGAAAUUGCAUAAGAUUUAGCUUCCU